UUGGCUGGCGUAUUUGCAGUAAGGAAGAAAAGCAAUUUGUGCAGCAUUUCUGACAAGCAAUCAAAGAUGUGUCACCAGAUGUUAAGAUCAAAAAUCAUGACUGAUGACGGUAUGAGCCCGACGAUCCCUACGAAUACUACGACUACUACGACCACUACAACUCUGACUCUGACCGAGGUUAUAUGGCUAGCCCAACAUAUCAGACAGACCCAGAUAUGGAUGUUACCUGUAGUCUGCUGGAGAAAAAGGAACCAGAAGCAAUGUCUCGUGAUAAGGGUGUGGUCAGUUCCCUCUCUUUCCAAGCGGCCAAUGUAAUUGGAGCUAGAUUGCCUUUUGAGGCAGUAGAACUGUGGGCUCAGCGAUUAGGCAAGAAAAUGGCCGACGAAGUUCAGCUAGCAGUCAUGAAGGCGUCGUUUCCGGUAGACAAGGGUCUCGUUAGACGUUACGCCUACCUAUCCCGGAAAACUAGUGGAUACGGCAAAUUCUCUGAUCUGUUUCAGCAACCAACCAGAACUAGAAUGCAGACAGACAAUCUUGAGUUUGCUGUGGAAGAUGUAAUGCAGAUUGGAUUUUGUUUGACUGGGAAAAUUCAAAAUCGUACUUAUAUGUACAGAGAAGAUAGAAAGACGAUUGCUACUGUGUAUUUCGACCGCCAACAUGUUACCUCAAUGUUGUGCUCAGACCACUCUGACUCCAAUUGGUGUGAGCACGUGGUCGCACUGAUAUUUCACCGUAUGAAUAAUCCAGAAAAGGUCAAGUAUCGUCUGCCAGUGUCUGAUUCUGUUCAGCUUCUUUCUGAAAGCGAACAGAAGCAAUUCAUCAACAUACUUCUCGCUCAUCGUCCUUUGGAACUGUUGGCGUUUGCACAAGAAACUCUAGACGAGCUGUUGAAUAUGAAGGACAGCAACAGAGUUAGCAGCCAAUGCGAAAGUUUACACAACGCGUUAGUUGUCAACGUGCCAGAUCCAACUGCAGGUGGAGCAGUGGAUGCUGAAGGAUUAUGGAAUGUGGAUGACAAGGACAUUCGUCAAAUUUCACAACAAUUCUUUCACAAUGAUUCGGCUCUCUGUGUCUCUCCUCUCGUAGAGCGAUAUCGCGAAAGAUCUGAAUCUUGGGAUACAAUUCUGAAGAGAUCAACGGAUAAGAGUGAAUCAUCAAUUUCUUCAAUUUUUGAUAAUGGCAGUUUUGAGGAAAGCAAAAUGCAGUCGCACUAUUUUAGUAAAGAAGUCGAUACCAUGCUUCACGUUAUCACCGACUUGAUAAAGAAAGGUGAAAAGAGCUCAAUUGCAGCUCUCAAUAUUAUUACUGAAGAGUGGCUAGAAGCAUUGGCAAAGAAAGCUAUUGGAAAAGAAGAGAUGAGAAAGUUCUCCUCGCAAUCAAGCAAUUGGGAGUGCAAUAUCCUCGAAGUGAUACCUCAAAUGAUACCUCAAGAAGUUUACUCACAAAUGCCACAGCGGGCUAGAAACGUUCAAUUUCUUUCAGCAAUUGGGCCUUUCUUUGUUCCAGACAAGCUAGCAGUCAGUUGGAGAAGAGCAGCAUUUGGUUUGAUUUUUGAUGAUGAUUUGGUAUUAUCGAUUCGACACAAGUUGAAGGAUUUGGCUCAAAAGUUUGCCAACAUCGUUACUUUGGCUUUCACAAACAUGGAAAAGGAAAAGCAGUCUGAGAGUAGACGAACGGCCUACUACUCGACACAGGCAGCUGAAGCUUUUUGGAGUAAUCUUUCGGAAUGGAACAGAUUCCAACACAUAGCAGAUCUCCUCAAUCCAACUGUUUGUGAAGCAUUCAGAACUCUGUCAAAGGAUGUCAUUUCUGUAAGCAAAUCUCCCGUCUUGCCGUCUAUAUCUACUGGAUUUGAAGUGCUCUACACCGGUGCCUAUCUCGUCUUAUGUCUAAUGGAUAGCGUAAUAGACAAAGAAACUGCUGAAAUUGUGGCAAGAAGUUGCAUUAUGGAGACUUUCAAUCCUAUUCUAUUACCCACGCAUCACGAGAACGGUUGUGAUUUCAACAAAGAACUGGCGUGGGAAUCAGGGCACGAAUUGUUUUCUACAGUUGUUCAAUGCCAUGAUAAAAUUGCCGAGUCAUUCUGGGGUUGCAGUUGGGAAACUGGUUUGAUAUAUGUUGUAAACGUUCUCUUUAAUGCUAUUGAAACAAGUUCGUGGGCUUGGUCAGUAAGGUAUACAUGGAAUGUGGCACCUUGGAUCAAUGGGUCACUUGCUACUGGUCUAAUGGGCAAGGGAACGGAUUCCACAGUUAAUAUUGUGAACGUAGUAGCACCAUCAGCUAUGUUUUUGGGAUUGUUACACGUUAUUUUGCCGAUAGACAUCAAGAACACUUCAUCAAUUGAACAAGCUGCAAUUGCUAGGGAAAAGAACAGAAUUUUGUCAAUAAUGUUUCAACGCAUGAGUGAAAUGAAUGAUGAUGUUCCACAGCAAAUCAGUCUGUUGGUUCCGUUUCUGGAACAAAAUCUCGUACAUCUUGACGCACCUUCUACUGCACUGAUGUUGCUUCACAGUACAAUCUUGUUAAAUCCUGAGCUUGACGUUAGCAGUAACGAACAAAGAGGAUUGCUGUCUGCCAUAAUUGCCGCCUUGAGACAGCAGACGAUAGUCUUAGCCAGUCUCUUGACUGGAACUUCUUCCGUUGAUUUCAGCUGUUAUGAAACUCGGUGUGCUGCAUCUGCACUUAUGGCUUUGGAAACUUAUUCACAAUCUAAGGAAGACCUUAGUCAUGUAUUUCGCUGUAUCACUGAUCCAAUAUUGCAACUAUUACAAGAAGGGAAUGCGACGGAGGCCAUCGGUGACAAGGAAACGACUGAAGGGAAGAGCAAGAAACAUUCACAGAAAAACGCAAAAAUUGUGUUGAAUAAAGGCCUGCUUAGCUUUUAUGUCACAGACGGAAUUGGAAUCGUAAGCGUCUUGUGCGGCAACGAUUUUCGUCACUACGGAUAUUCAGAAAGUCGAAUAGAUGAGCGACUUUCGUUAUUGAAAUCACCGAUCGCAGAGCUAAUGGAAAAUUCAGAUUUCAGGUCAAAACAGCAAAAACCAAAGUCUGUGUUACCGCCGGUUGUGAUUCGCACAUUAAAUAAAAAGGAACCAGGAGAAUCUACGCUAAAGUGGCAAACUGCAUUAGAUCUUCUGUUGUUUCUUCUGCGUGUAGAUUUGUUCUGUGGAGAAGAGAGAACAAGGGCACACUCUUCACUGACGCUGUUGCAAACUGUCGCUGAAAGAGUUGGAGCAAUUUCAUUUUUAGAGAAACUUUCUGUUGCCAAAGACUGGAGUAAUGUGAUUACAGCUGAAGAACUAUUCACUUUCUUCCUGUCGCAAAACGAAUUUCAGAGCUCUUUCUUAGCUCAAAAAGAAGGAUGUGCUUCUGCGAUUGCUAGUCUUAAAGAGAUAUUUACUAGCUGCUCUACUCUUCUCUCUGCAAGACACAGCUCUGAGUUAUACAAAACAGCAUGUGAUCUAGAAAUAGUGGACGACGUCGUAGUUGAAGUACUGGCAGAUGAUCAUGACUUGCAGCAGAACCUUUCCCACGAAUUUCUUUUUCUUUUGGCUCAACAUGACACUGAAAAGGCUACACUAACACAGCGAUUGCAAGUGGGUAUAGCAGCACUAAAUCGCUGGCAGCAGCACCUCAGCACCUCCGGCAGUUCUCUUUCGCUCUGCAACGUCUAUCCGGAACACUAUCGAUACUCAAACUCCGACGACACCGCAAUAUUCGGAUGCUUGCGUCUGGCGGCUUUAGCAGUUCGUGUUGACGAGGAAGCGUCACGUCCACAUCAUACACGUCUACAGGCAACGGUAUGCAACAAAAUGGAAGCAACUACUCUACUUCUCUCUGUGCUAUCGCAAGAUUGGAUUGACCCAGUGAUCGCAGCUAUUGUUCUUGUUGAGGUGUGUCGCACACUGCAAAAUCGUAUUGAAGAAACAGUAUCAGAGGACUCCUCGCCGUUUGCAAACACUUCUAUUUUAUCUAAUUUACAACAGGUUUUUUGGGCUCACAACAAAUUCAUGACCAGUUCCAAUGCUGAAACAAUGUUUUGCAAACUGUCUACUGCAAGUCAUGUAGCCAAAGAAAUUGCUCAAAAAUCAAAGACUUCAAUUGCUAAAUUUUUGGUUUAUUACAAAGAUCUUGCUACUAAACCUGCAGAUUCCACGAAGAAAUCCAAAUCCAAUACACUUGAUCGAGUACCUUACGUUUGUGAUCUCGUUUGUCUCCAGUUUCUCUGCCAAGUUAUUCCAGACGAUGGGUUCGACUUUGAGGCUCUAAUAAAUCUUGAAAAUGAAAGCCAAUCUCAAAGUUAUCAGCACCAUCACGGGUACACAUACCGAGAAGUCGUGAAGGCAUUCAAACGGCGAAAGAACUCUGAAACCGCCGAUAGGACUACGGCCACUAACGCGGCAUCUUUUUCCGAUGAAGUAAAUGUUAAUUUUUGGCAGUUGGUCGCUUUCCAGAAGGCGAUGCAAAUGCAAAUGCACCAAGAACAAAGAUUGUUUGGAUUUUACGGGUUUGACGAUUCUGACUAAGACCGUGUGUUAAGAUGUGGAUGUGGAUAUCUCUAGUUUGCAUGAGUUGAUGGUUUGUGUUGUUAGAUAUGUGUGUCAAGGUAGCGUGUCCAUUAAACAGCUCUGUUAUGUUAUAUGGUAUACUACGAGUUUAUUUUUAGCUGUUAUAAUCAACUUAUUGCUGCUAUCGUCAAUAUUUGGCAUUUUAUCAUUUGGU